UAAAUAUCCACUAGCACCCGAGGCGUCUCCGACCCACUUUUAUGUUGUAAAAGACUAUACAACACUCUCACUCACAAACACAAGUUUCGUGCUUGUCAGAUUUUGGUAAAACGUCAUUUAGAAAGUUUGUUUUGGCUCCUGCAUCAACAUGGGUGAGCCGGUAAUCAUUUUCGUUGAGCAAGUGGAGGAUAAGACGUGGGUAGAAGACGAGCCGACCAGCUUUCUUUGCUGUCACUCUCAGGACGCAUUGGCGCGGGAGCGCGCCGAGGAGCUCCGGUUUCAGCCGUUUGGCGACAUCGACCCAGACUGUGACGACAAUGUGACGGCCUUCGAUAGUCCUGCCAGUGUGCACCAGAAUUCGCUCCGGAAGCGGGUCUCGGCCACUAGUGUUUUUGUGCCCGACUCGCCCGGAGCUGACCACUCAAAACUCGCCAAUGGUGCGGCCAGCUCCGGUUCCGGAUCCGGAACGACAACAAGCGCAGUAGACCGAGCGCGAAUAUCCACGGGGAAAAUCGAGAUACCAGUGGGAGACAUGGAAAUAGGACCACAAAAGCGCCGCGGCCGUGUCAGUGAUGUGUCGACCAUCGGCGGACCGAUUGUUCCAGCUCAUAUUUCAUCUCGCGCGGAGCCGUCGACCCCUGCCGGACGUACGGGGACCACGAAGCCGGGAAGGAGUAGUCUGUCCAGUGCGACUGCUAGUAGCCACCAGUUCGUUCGCAUGCGGCUCGUCGGUAGGGGCAGCGACGUCGUGGACAAGAAUCAGGAGACUGCUGGACCCUAUCACACCUGGGACCCACGACGGACCGGGCGCUAUCUCACCUGGUACAGCGGUCGCCAGCUGCAGAAACCGAGCCGGCUCCAGAACGACGCGCCAGACAAUGGCACCGCGAAGUCGAAUCUGUUCGUUGAAGUCGAAGUGUGCAAGGCGGCCAAAAGGAGUGGCCGAAGCAACAACACCGCCGUUGGCGUGGGUAGAAGUGCGGCUGCCGCGGUCGUAACGGGAGCAACGUCUUCUUCCCCUGGUGAACAAGCUGUCGAGGUGCUUGCAAGUGCACGCAUUGCACUCGGUGAUCUGAACGCCAACUCGCAGACUUUUUCGCUCAUCAGUGAGGAAAGUAGGAGAACCGCAAAGACCAGCCAGGAGGUUCUGGGCGCAGCCGCUGGACGAGCAGCCUCUUCAUCGGAAGUAGGCGCACGCUCUCUUGACCAGACGCCUACGACAACCGCACUCGAGGAGGCGCCCGCGACGGUGUUCGAAAGUCUACUGUACGCGUUCUCACCGUCCCGCAAGGGCAAGUCCGAGCCGCGCGCGGGGGCCUCAGAUGAGGAGUCAAAAAACUCGACGGGGACAACGAUCGCCUCCACACCAGUCAGGUCCAAGCAGCCACGAGCAGAAGACGCGAAGAACGGGACCAGUGACGCAAAUCAUGCCGCUUCGUCCAGUAGCACCAGUGACUGCCGCGGCGCAGCAGCGGGUGAAAUGGAGAUUCGGCUCCGAUUGGUUUCUUCUGCGAGUGUUCCGAAACGAAAAACGGUUUACCUAAUCCGCCAUGGCGAAAGCCUGUGGAAUGAAGCGCAGGAUAACGGGUUGUUUUGGCGCAUGCCCAGCUUAUUCGACGCGCCGCUCAGUCAAGCGGGAAAGCACCAGUGCGAGCAUCUGCAAAAAAUUGUCGAUCGGGAAUUUGGUACUAACUUACCGUCUACUCACAGAUGUAACGAUUGAUGGAAAACCCCUUAUUUGACUGAACUGAUGCACCAACAUAGAGGUUUUUUGAGUAGUAGACUGUGCCCGCCCCAAAUUGCUCUAGUUUCCGCCGGGAGACGAAGAAAUUCUUGACCUCGGCUUUGCUUUCCGCGACGAAAGAAGCUUUUUGAUGUAGAAACAUUCAUAACUCGUCAGGUAAGGAGCAAGCCGUGGACGUGUUUUGUUCGCCGUUGACUCGUGCCAUGCAGACGGCCUGGAUUGGGCUCGGUGUCGAACGAAUUUCACGCCUUGUGCUGCUCCCUAGCGCUCGCGAGAAAAAAAAUUCCGUUGCCUCGGUCGACAGCCAAGGCAUCGCGGUCGGGGAAGACGUGGUCACAGUCUUGGAAGGGGAAAUGCGAGCGCUACUGACCAGCAGCGGUGAGGAGGGCAAAGCCACGACGCCGGCUGCCAUGUUGCGACGAGAGGCGAUGGACUUGCGGCAAGUACAGGAGCAGUGGUGGACCGACUGGAGUGAGUCUUCUGCAGAUUUGGAAGCGCGGCUGCAAGAUUUUGCGUUUCAACUUGCGCUGUGCAACGAAUUGCUCGUGGAUGAUCUUGAAGAUCCCGCUACGCGAUGUGUGAAUAAACCUCCAACUCCUGUAGCAAAGGACACAAAGCCCCCGCUGCCGCUCCUCGUCGUGGGUCACUCCCACUAUUUCCGCGAACUUUUCCGCAAGUUUUUGAACCCGCUUUCAACCUCCACUGACGGCCCGGCGGCGAAGGUGCACGCCGACCUGAAAAAGCUAAAGCUUUCUAAUGCGGGAAUGUGUAAAGUGGAUUUGGUGUACGAUGCUUCUACGGGGGAAACUUCGAUCGACUUCAUAGAACUGUGCGGCGACACGCAGUUGGUCGGGGAUGUCGGGCCUUUCGCACGCCUGGGUUGCACUGCGAUUGGGGCACAGCAACAGACGCUCGACAAAACCGCGGAGAUUGUCGUUUAGGCAGGAAAUACGGGACGGAAAAAAUUUAAAUUAUGAAUGCAAUCCCAAUCGACAUGAUUUUUGAAUAAUUUUCAACGUGCUGUGCAUCGUUGAAUGAGGGUAGAAGAUGAGUGUCCGUGCUGUUGUUCAUAUUGUUGUAUCACACAGGUAUUUCAAUAAAUGUUGUUUCUCUCCAUUUUCGUAGAGAUCAAAAAUGUACGAGCAUGCUUCGCGUGGACGUUGCCGCGAAGCGAGAAAAUGAACCCACCACAAAUGAAUGUGAAUCUGAGAAAUGUCAUUGAUUGGUUUCAUGGGGAAUAACACAAGAU